CGCGGCGGCGGGCGGGGGCGUGGCCAGGCCGUAUAAGAACGGAGGGGGCGGCGGCUGGACGGCUCACUCGGUGCCGUUGCCUGGGGGCUGCAGUGACCGCGCCGCUCCUGCUGGGGGCUGCCCACGCCAAGGACCUGCCUCUGUCGCCGCCUCUUCCACCGCCCAGCUUCCCUGACCAGUACGUCCCCCGAGAUGGCAGAGGAGAGCAGCAGCUCCAAGGACUGCGUGUCCUUCAGCGUGCUCAACUGGGAGCAGGUGAGCCGGCUGCAUGAGGUCCUGACCGAGGUCGUCCCCAUCCACGGCCGAGGCAACUUUCCAACCCUGGAGAUAACCCUGAAGGACAUCGUGCAGACCGUCCGCGGCCGGCUGGAGGAGGCGGGCAUCAAAGUGCAGGACGUACGGCUGAAUGGCUCCGCCGCCGGCCAUGUGUUGGUCAAAGACAACGGCCUGGGCUGCAAAGAUCUGGACCUGAUCUUUCACGUGGCGCUUCCGACAGAGGUGGAGUUUCAGCUGGUCAGGGACGUGGUUCUGUGCUCCCUCCUCAACUUCCUGCCGGAGGGCGUGAACAAGCUCAAGAUCAGCCCGGUCACGCUGAAGGAGGCCUACGUGCAGAAGCUGGUCAAGGUGUGCACGGACACCGACCGCUGGAGCCUCAUCUCGCUCUCCAACAAGAACGGGCGGAACGUGGAGCUCAAGUUUGUCGACUCCAUCCGGCGGCAGUUUGAGUUCAGCGUGGACUCUUUCCAAAUCAUCCUGGACUCUCUGCUGUUCUUCUACGACUGCUCCAGCAACCCCAUCUCUGAGCACUUCCACCCCACGGUGAUCGGGGAGAGCGUGUACGGGGACUUCGAGGAAGCCUUCGACCACCUGCAGAACAGACUGAUCGCCACCAAGAACCCCGAGGAGAUCCGAGGCGGGGGGCUGCUCAAAUACAGCAACCUUCUCGUGAGGGACUUCCGGCCCACCGACCAGGAGGAAAUCAAAACCCUGGAGCGCUACAUGUGCUCCAGGUUCUUCAUCGACUUCCCGGACAUCCUGGAGCAGCAGCGGAAGCUGGAGACCUACCUGCAGAACCACUUCGGCGAGGAAGAGAGAAGCAAGUACGACUACCUCAUGAUCCUCCGCAGGGUGGUGAACGAGAGCACCGUGUGCCUCAUGGGGCACGAGCGCAGACAGACCCUGAACCUCAUCUCCCUCCUGGCCUUGCGCGUGCUGGCGGAGCAGAACAUCAUCCCCAACGCCACCAACGUCACCUGCUACUACCAGCCAGCUCCGUACGUCAGCGACGGCAACUUCAACAACUACUACGUGGCGCAUCCUCCGGUGACCUACAGCCAGCCUUACCCGACCUGGCUGCCCUGUAACUAACCUUGAGACCGAGGGCUUCUGCCGGGGGAACCCAACAGGGCAGGGGCUCUCAGGUAGGGGAGCCUCCUCCUAGACGUAGGUGUUUGGCUUUUAAAGGGGAACUCAGCUCAGAUUCUGCUUUCUUUUUUCUUCGUGUACCCAGUUAGAAUGGGUCUGCAGUCUGUUAUGAGCCAAACCCAGAAGGACCCGUAUUCCAGUGCCCCUUGGAAAACCUGCUAUAGGAAGCGUGACCUAGCCGCAUCUUUCCAAGAGAUGCACUCACACGUCACGUCCCAGUCCUGAGCAAGGGGGGUGGGAUUUGAGCUCUCUCUGUGCAAUCACUGGAGACCGGGAGAGCUCGGGCAGCCUACGCGAAGUGUGAAGCGGCUUCUCCCUGGAGCCUAGGCCGCGUGGGCUCUCUCUCCUGGGGUCCUGGGUACUUAACCGACAAGUUGUGCUCACAGUCUCUCCUCUUGGAACCCCUUUAGCCAGGCAGGAAAUGGUAAACACGAGGGUGCUCUUGGGACUUAAGUUUUGUUUCAGGGACUUAAAGUGCUUCUGUUUAGUCCCCAUCAGCAGAGCUGAGAAUUUCGUUCAUCAAUAAACCAAAGCCAAUAGCUGGAGAAUUGA